AUGAGUGGAAACGAAUUCCGAUUCUUCUUGUCCUGCGACAUCAAUCUCCCCGUCACCUUUCGGGUUGAAAGAUUGGAGGGUAAUUUGCCUCCCGCUAAGUCUUCUGAUUCAGAUAUUGAUUCUGCAUCCGACGAGAGAAGAGCUGAGCUAUUUGUUGAGUGUGCUCUGUACAUUGACGGUGCUCCGUUUGGCCUCCCAACCAGAACAAGAUUGGAGUCAUCAGGACCUUCAUAUACCUGGAGUGAACUCAUCACAUUGAGUACCAAAUAUCGGGACUUAACUGCUCACUCGCAACUAGCCUUGACGGUCUGGGAUGUGUCACGUGGGAAAGAAGAGGAACUGAUUGGGGGAGCCACAAUCCUUCUGUUUAAUAGGAAGAAACAACUGAAAACAGGAAAGCAGAAGCUUCGACUUUGGUUGGGAAGAGAAGCAGAUGGAUCAUUCCCAACAACAACUCCUGGAAAGGUCCCUAGACUUGAGCGGGGUGAGUUGGAACGUCUAGAAAAGGUAGUGAAUAAGUACGAGAGGGGACAGAUUCUACAUGUUGAUUGGCUAGACCGCAUAACAUUUAAAGCCCUGGAGGAAAUUAGGGAGCAAGAAAGCUCUAAAAAUGGGAAUUCUAAAUUGUAUCUGAUUGUUGAUUUCUCUGGGUUUGAACAUCGUGUAGUUUUUCAGGAAUCUGGAGCAAAUUUCCUGUUACCCUCUCCAAUAGCUUCAACAAAUGAAAUCGUAAAUGUGUGGGACCCUGAAGUAGGGAAGUUCAAUCCCUCCGAGCACAAGCAGCUGAAGCUGGCUAGGAGCUUAACUCGCGGUAUCAUUGAUAAGGAUCUAAAACCAAGCUCCAACGAGAGAAAAUCGAUACAAAUGAUACUAAAGUACCCACCUACAAGAAGUUUGAGUGGAGAUGAAAGACAGCUCCUCUGGAAAUUUCGUUUUUCAUUGAUGUCAGAGAAGAGAGCUCUCACAAAGUUUCUUCGAUGUGUUGAGUGGAGUGAUAUUCAGGAGGCAAAACAAGCAUUAGAAUUGAUGCAUAAAUGGGAAACAAUUGAUGUCUGUGAUGCAUUAGAGCUUCUCUCUCCUGUUUUUGAAAGUGAAGAGGUUCGUGCAUAUGCUGUCAGUGUUCUUGAAAGAGCAGAUGAUGAGGAGCUCCAGUGUUACUUGCUUCAACUGGUUCAGGCUCUUAGAUUUGAGCGAUCUGAUAAAUCUCGACUUUCACAUUUUCUUGUGCAGCGUGCACUUCGCAAUAUUGAGUUGGCUAGCUUUCUCCGCUGGUAUGUUGCCGUUGAGCUUCAUGAUCCGGCAUAUGCAAAACGUUUCUAUUGUACCUAUGAGAUCCUGGAAGAGAAUAUGAUGAAGUUGACUGCUGGUGUCAAUGGGGAUGAAGAUGGUUUUAAGCUAUGGCAUGGUUUGGUGCGACAAACUGAACUGACAGCUCAAUUGUGUUCAAUAAUGAAGGAUGUAAGAAAUGUACGCGGCAAUACUCAAAAAAAGACAGAGAAGCUUCGACAGCUGCUUUCUGGUCUUUUGAGCGAACUUACAUACUUUGAUGAGCCCAUACGAUCGCCAUUGGCUCCAGGUGUGCUCAUUGUUGGGAUUGUGCCAGCAGAGUCAUCAAUAUUUAAAAGUGCACUGCAUCCUUUGCGUCUUACUUUCCGAACAGAAAAUGGCGAAAGCUGCAAAAUCAUAUUCAAGAAAGGAGAUGAUAUUAGGCAAGACCAAUUGGUCGUUCAAAUGGUUUGGCUCAUGGAUCGCUUGCUUAAAUUGGAAAAUCUUGAUCUUUACUUGACUCCUUACAAAGUUUUGGCAACUGGACAAGAUGAAGGCAUGUUGGAAUUCAUCCCAUCUCGAUCUUUGGCACAGAUACUUUCAGAACAUCGGAGCAUUAUAAGCUAUCUGCAGAAGUUUCAUCCUGAUGAGCAUGGGCCCUUUGGAAUCACAGCUACCUGUCUUGAAACAUUUAUUAAAAGCUGUGCUGGAUAUUCUGUCAUUACGUACAUAUUGGGCAUUGGAGAUAGGCAUCUGGACAAUCUUCUCUUAAGGGAUGAUGGGCGUCUUUUUCAUGUUGAUUUUGGCUUUAUCCUCGGCAAAGAUCCCAAGCCAUUUCCACCUCCCAUGAAGCUGUGCAAGGAGAUGGUUGAGGCCAUGGGCGGGGCUGAAAGCCAAUACUACACAAGGUUCAAAUCGUAUUGUUGCGAAGCAUACAAUAUUCUUCGAAAGUCGAGUAAUCUUAUCUUAAAUUUAUUUCACCUAAUGGCGGGUUCCAAUAUUCCUGACAUUGCUUCUGAUCCUGAAAAGGGCAUUCUUAAGCUUCAGGAGAAAUUUCGCCUAGAUUUAGAUGAUGAAGCAUGUGUACAUUUCUUCCAAGGUCUUAUUAACGAGAGCGUUAGUGCGCUAUUUCCUCAAAUGGUUGAAACAAUUCAUCGCUGGGCGCAAUACUGGCGGUGAGCGAACUGUUGGACUUCAAGGUCAGAGUAGAGUAGUUUGGUAGUUAUUUACAGUCGUUUUUCCUUCUUUUUUUUCUGAAAAAUAUUUUUAGUUGUUCGAAGUUCUCUGCCAGCAAUGUUCAGCCUCUUCUUCCCCAUCCUACUAAAUAGAAAAAUAAAACUUCUCCAUCAGAAAAGUGGCUGAGGUUCUAUAUUAUGACACUGUAAAUAUUCAAAUUUAAAGAACAAGGACCAUGAUUGGUAGCCGCAUAGCUUCUUUUUCUGUUUAACUAGUCCGUCGGACUUCGCAUUUAUUAUGUAGUAGAUGUAUUUUCGUAACUUCUAAUUCUUGAAAGAGCAAAAGAGAGAAACUAAAGUGAAAUAUAUGGAUGAAUAGUUAUAUGUA